AUGUUGUCACAAAGUAAGAUUAAGAUCACAGACCGGUCGUUGAUACUACAGCCGUUGAAAGUUUUUGCUCGUUUCAAGAGACAACUGGCUCGAAAUGAGCAAGUACCAUUAAGCUCAGCAACGCAAAAAAUUGUGAAUCAGUUAUCGGUAUUAUCUGCAAGUAGAAAGCAGCCAAAAUUACUUAGACUAUGCAAUGAAGAUUUGAUCAAACAUAGAACCAUUAUGAACGCAUGGAAACUUUUUAAACAGAAACAACAACAAAAGCAAACCGAACAACUAAGAUUGCAGUAUGAGAGCAUUUAUAACGCGAUGGAAGAUUUGAAAAUGACAAGUCCAGAAUUAUUUAAGGCUGCUGGUGGGGGUAAAGUUGAGCUCGAACCAAACUCGGCAAAGAACUCUAAAAAGUUUACAACAUUCCCUCUUGAAAUGAGAGUACCUACAGAUUAUCCACCUAAUAAGCCUUGGAUAUAUGCAUACACUCCUCCCAAAAAUUAA